AGGUGUGUCGUAACAAAAACGCUACAAGUUGAGGGGUAAUGAUGCCUUAUCCCUACUUAAAAAUCAUUUUUUCUUCAGUUAAUCCAAACGGGCUCAAAAUCACCUAAAGUAUAACUAAAAAUAAUCAUUCAUAAGGAGUGAGACUAGUAAUAUUAAAAAAUAAAACAAGCUACCUACUAUAACAAACUAUAAUACCCUGAUGGCGGUAUGCCGUCAACAAAUAUAAGUUAACUUCAGUUAAGAAAUGAGUUCUGAAGCAAUAACAGAUGAAUGAAAUUAAAUAAAAGAAAAACAAACAUUUUGAAUAGAAAAUGGGAAAUUCUAUAUUAUUCAUGCAUAAAAGAGAAAGAUUAUAAAAGAAAAAAUGUUUAUUCCCUCCUAAAAAUUUAUGACGAAGAGAACCUUAUUUGAUCCCCCAUUAACAAUUAACAAUUUAUUCUAUUCUUACAACCUCCUUGUAUAUAAAUAAUAUACACAUAUACCAUCUCUUCACUUCACAAGCUAAGUAGAAAAGAAAGGAAAAUAGCAAAUCAGUCCAAAAACUUUAAGAAAAUGAGAAGUGUGAGUACCUUUAUUGCUGAACCGCCAAAACCAACCAUAAAAACCACAUUAUCCACGUGGCAUUCACCGGCACCGUACUUAUUUGCCGGUUUAGCAGCUAUGUUAGGGUUAAUAGCUUUUGCACUUUUAAUCUUAGCUUGUUCUUACUGGAAAAGCGCCGGCGAACGCUCCGGCGAGAUUACACGCGCCGGAGAUGAUGCCGGCGCCGGCGAGAAAUUGAAGGUUUCGCCGAUAUUUGAAGAGAAAAUUGUAGUGAUAAUGGCGGGUGAUUUGAAUCCGAGUUAUUUGGCUAUGCCUAUUACGAUUGGGGAUGAAAAUGGAAGUAAAGUUGAGAAGAAAUUGGAAAUGGAAAGUGAAGAAUCAGGUGAUGAGAAGCUUAAAGAAGAAGUAAUUAUGGAAGUUAGAGAGCAAAUUGAUGAAGAAUUACAAGAUAGUUAAUCUCAAAACAGAGCCUUUUCUUCAUUUGUUAUUUUUUUUUGGUAUUUGUUUUUUUUUCCUUUUCUUAAAAUCCUGUUUUUUAUUUGGAUUUUAAAUUUUGAGUUUCUGGAAGUUUUAAUUUUUGAUUGAGACAAGAAAGAGUGCGAGAAAUUCUCAUUUUCCUGUAAUUUGUAUUUUGGGAUUUGACAGAAUUUAGUAGGCGUUGCCGGUUGCCACGUUGGACA